UGGUGAUCGAGUUUGUAUGGCGGCGACGACGAAUGGCAUGGAAGCGAAUAAGAAGUAUGGUGGAGACAACGAACUAGGCCUGGGGUGGACAUGGGAGGAUAUUUUCGGCCCGAGUCGCGCUAACACGCCAGCCGCGAUGGAAGGGUGUGAACUAGCGACGGGGGGAGGGAUGCAAGAUCAUGAAGACACAUGGAAGGAGUUGAACACACUCCGGCUUCCACGCAAGGCGAUGAAGGGGCGCCGGAUGGGAAAGUUGUGGAGGCUGAGCAAGGAAGACGAGGAAGAAAAUGUUAUUGUGGUUGUUCCGGAAGUGGGCAUGAAGUUUGAUAGCACAGACACGGU